AUGGCUUGCAAACGCAGCGCCUCAGCUCGCUGCAGGCGCCUUGCGGUCGCUUUGCCUUUCCUCUUGGUCUUCGGCUUCCACGGCGUGACCUUCAACAUCCCAAAGCGCAUGCAUGAAGUUGCCCAAGACAAGGGCAUCAGUGACAUUGAAUACUUGCAAGGGGUCAGCGCGGCCGCAGAGGCUUACAAAAAGAGCGACCAGAUCGCUGGACGAACUGGCUUCAUCAAAGCACUGCAGAAGGCUAUGCAAAAAUCGGGCUUGUACCUUGUCAUUGGAGGCAAGUCCCUUGGCAAGACCAAGAUUAUGCAAAAGAUGGAUCGAGUUGUCGCCGCUGACUCCCCGUUGCUCUACGUCAACAUGCGCCACCCACCCCAGCCCGAGUCAACGGAUGCUUUGGAAUGCCUUCAAGCCAAAGCCAAAAAAGUCUGGAGUGCAAAGACUGUGCCCCCUUGGGCGCGGAAAGUGGCUGACGUCAUGAUUGCCCUUGCUCGAGCAGUUGGCAAGGAGAGCUUGAAGAAGGGUGAUGCGGAGGGUGGAGUGGAACUUGCUUUCUCCGAAUUGCUGAAUGUGCCCAAGCCGCAAGAGUUUCUCUGGGCUUUUGUUGAUGCGGCAGCUGCAAUGAAACAGACCCCGACAAUGAUCAUCGACGAAGCCAACAUUGCUUUUCCGAACGCGAAUGGCAAUGGAGACAGCAAAUCCAAGAGGGAAGCAGCCUCACGGGCCCUUACCACCUUUGUGGCAAUGACAAAGGAAAGCUGCCAGGCUUGCGUCAUCUUGCCUGCCUCCGAUUUCGCCUUCCCAUGGGGCCUAGAAACACUUGGUUUCAAUAAGUUCGAUGCCCUUCAGACAAUCGUGAUUCCGGAGGUUGAAAGGGAGCCAAUGUUGGCUUUGCUGACAGAGUGGGGUUUGCCCCGGGAUGUGGCGGAGGAGUUCUACAUGAUCUUCGGCGGCAACAUACUUCUUUGCCAGCAGGCAAUCGAUAAGCUUCUUGAGCAGUUCGAGCUUGGUGCAGAAGACUCCUUCGACCCCUUCAGCGUCCGAGGUACAGACGGGCUGGCUGGUUUGGCCAAAGACCCGCUCACCCGUGAACACUUGGAGAACCUUGCGCGACAGGGGUGGUCCCCCAUCGAGGAAAGCAGCGCAGACGGGGAGACGGAGAGCCAGAAGGGCGCCCGCAUCAUCGCCAAGAAGAACUUCGGCGGCGUCAUCAACAGAGAGACGACCACCUUUUUGGACCAAGACUUGAAGGAUGACAUGUUCAGCAACAGAAGCACGACGCAGGUGCUCAUCCCGGCCACAAGCUACCUGCGCAACUGUAUCAAGGUUUACGUUGAAGCAUGUGAGCCCAGCAGCUUGGAAGCAAUGUGCUGA